UUAAGUGAUUUGUUUUCGCGUAGAAAGAUUCCAAGAAUCAUAAAGGGUUUUCAAGAGCUGGCAGUACUGUCGUAAUCGAGAGCUCGGAACUGUGAUGUCGUUCAACACAAACAUUGUUGAUUAGUGGAGGUCCGCACGAAGUGACACUAUUUCCCACACGAUACCUGUACUUAUGUUGUACUGGUCAAGGUGAAAGUGCUUAUAGAAUCAAAAUUAACUUCUGAAAAAGUUAAAUUCCUUGUGAAAUCAGAGAAGGAAUAUUCAAAUGGCAGAACGCUGUGGAUUUUAACUACAAGUCUUUACUCCAUAUGUGAACUGGACAACCAUCCAGAGUGCAAGUCAUGUAGUAAUAGAUUGCAGUAUCUCUUCACUCGUUCUCAACCCUCCAAGACAGAAAUUGCUGAAAAGGUGCAAGAUAUUUUAUAUCAUACUAACAAAACAUGCUCAUCGAUACAGACUGAUCUGGGCCUUAAUGGCACAGUGCUUAUUGUUCCUCCAAUCCCAGCUCGUAUUGUGCAGGAAGCAGCAUCCAGAAGUCAUGAUGAGCUUCACAGAAUGUGUGAUAUGCAUGGUACCCCAUGUGCUAGUGAUGUGGUUCUGUUUAGACUUCAUAUAUUUUACAAUAUUUUGUGUGAUGCUUGGUCGAGUUUGGCUAUUGAAUGGCUUUUACCAUUUGGGAAGCAGUCCCUUUUCCAUGAUUUUCAAAAUGCAUUUAGAGGCAAGAACCUUUUAUCUAUUAAAAAUAAAGAACCUCAUGAGUAUGUAGAGAAGCAAUGGCUAUUAAUAGUGAAUGUUCUAAUACAAAUGGCUCUUGAUGGUACUCUUUCUAAAGAUUAUGACUUACCUAACUUGAGUAAUCUAAAGGAUCUGUCUGCUGGUAUGCUGACAUUGCACCAUAAAGAGCCUGUUAAUGCUGAAAGUGAUGAAAACAGUGAACAGGCAAAUAUAUUUGAACAUUGUGUUAUUGUGGGGAACUCAUCAUUUUUCACCGAGUUGAAAGAAAUGUUGAAAGGUUUGCCAGUUUCAUUUCUUGAGAAAUCAAUGGAUUUGGAUGAAGAGGGAGUUAAUAUUAUUAAAGCAGAAAAAGACAACUACCCUGAGAACACAGUAUGGCUUAUUAUUCGUGGUGUGUCAGAAAUAGCAGAGCUCACUGAUGUAUCACCAAGGUGUGAGGAAGCAAAGUGUGAUGACCCUUUAUAUGUGUUUGUUCUGAAAAAUGAUAAAACCGGUAAUCCAGAUUUCAAAGGAUUAAGUAUAUCUGAGAUGGUUGAAAAAGUGUUGACUCGGGUUAUAGAAUUUUCCCUUAUGUUACAAAAACACUACAUGAUAGGUCAGGUGUGUUUCUGGCCCCUAUUAUACCUGUUUCAGCAUAUUUUGGAGGCAUUAAUUCUGCUUUGUCUCAUGACAAGCUACAUGAGUAUGCAGAUAAGGAUCCCUCCAUCCCUGUCUUGGCCGGGUCAUCUAAAGAGUGGAUAUCAUCAGUACUUGAAUUAGAUAAACAAUGGUUGAAAAUGAUUCUAGACAAUGUGAAUGAAGAAUCUACAGAGUAUCAAAUACUUCAGAAGCAAUGGAAAUCAUCUAGUAAUGUGCUGAUGUUUACUAAUGUGCCUGGCAAGAACACACGAUUGCUAAAAGCACAGUCAGCUUGGGGUGAGAAUUUGAAGGCUAUUAUUUCAAGUCUUCUUAGCCAGGAAAAGAAGAAAAAGGAUGAAGUGAACCUCGCAUUGAAAGCUGCAG